AUGCAGAUACGAACACUCACCACCACGGCUCUUCGACUAGCCAAACAACCCGUACCAACGACUGCCAAGAAAUAUCUAGGCCGUCCAUCAAACAAUCUAUCCGCGGGACUUGUUGGAUUAGCAAAUGUUGGAAAAUCUACUUUUUUUCAAGCCAUCACAAAAUCUACAUUGGGGAACCCGGCCAACUACCCUUAUGCAACAAUUGAGCCUGAAAAGUCCAUAGUUCAAGUGCCUUCCGAAAAAUUGGAUCACUACCAGCGCAUCUACAACUCACAAAAGAAAGUUCCUACCAAUUUAACUGUCUGGGAUAUCGCUGGAUUGACGAGAAAUUCCAGUUCCGGUGCCGGAUUGGGCAACAAGUUCUUAAAUGAUAUUCGUCAAGUUGAUGGGAUACUUCAAAUUGUUCGUGGGUUUGUAGAUGAUGAGAUUAUACAUAUCGAGGAGAAUAAAGUCGAUCCGGUUCGAGAUUUGGUUAUUGUUAAUGAUGAAUUGAUUUUGAAAGAUUUGGAAUUCAUCGAAGUUGAGAUGGAGAAGAGUACCAAGAAUUUGAAAAAGCCAAAUCAAACCCAUGAAACAAAAAACUUGGAAAUUUUAGAAAAAUUGAGUGAUUGUUUGUAUAACGGAGUCAAGGUAAUUGAUGGCGUUUGGACAGAUGAAGAAAUAGAAUAUAUCAAUGGUUUGAAUUUGUUAACAGCAAAGCCAACUGUGUAUCUAUUGAAUGUGUCGAAAAGUGAUUAUAUUGCGGGCACUAAUCAGUUCUGGGAUAGAGUUCAAAACUGGAUCAAUACUCACUCUAGAAACGAUAAGCUCAUCAUGUUUAGCGCUGAGUAUGAACAUGCAUUAAACAAUGGUGAAGCACAAAGUAAGGAGCUGAUUAUUCCUACAGCUAUUCGGGAGAUGCGUGAUUCCUUGCAUUUGAUUUCAUUCUACACUUGUGGAGAUAUAGAGUCUAGACAAUGGACAAUCAGAAAGGGUAGCUUAGCACCAGAUGCUGCUGGGUUGAUCCACACGGACCUACAAAAGACAUUCAUCAAUUCAGUAGUUUACAAAUGGGACAACUUGGCGCCGAUGGAGGUGUUUGAUGAAAACAAGUUGAAGCUGAUGGGGAAACAAUAUAGAAACGGGAAAAAGUACGAAGUGGAAGAUGGUGAUGUCCUUGUGAUAAGGGCUGGCAGUGGAAAAGCUAGAUGA